AGUCGUCUCCUUCAAGAGCUCAAAAGGCACUCAUGUCAUAAGGUGAAUUCUCUGAGAAAAAGAACGAACUGGUUAUUCUUCGGGGUCUCUCAAUUAGGGAAGAAAGAUCAUGGAGAAAGAGAAGAAUAAGUACAGCAUAAUAGUCCCAACCUAUAACGAACGCUUCAAUAUUGCCCUCAUCGUUUACCUCAUCCUCAAGCAUCUCAGGGAGGUGGAUUUUGAAGUUAUUGUUGUCGAUGAUGGAAGUCCUGAUGGUACACAAGAAGUGGUAAAACAAUUACAACAUGUUUAUGGAGAAGAUCGCAUUCUACUAAGACCUAGACCUAGGAAGCUCGGGCUAGGAACAGCUUACAUCCAUGGUUUGAAGCAUGUGUCUGGAAAUUUCAUUGUGAUCAUGGAUGCUGAUUUAUCCCACCAUCCAAAGUACUUGCCUAGCUUCAUCAAGAAACAGUUAGAGACUCAUGCUGAUAUAGUUAUGGGGACUCGGUACGUUAAGGGUGGUGGUGUACAUGGAUGGAAUCUCAUGCGCAAAUUGACAAGUAGAGGAGCCAAUGUUCUUGCACACACGCUUUUAUGGCCUGGUGUAUCUGAUUUGACUGGAUCUUUCCGGCUUUACCGGAAGUCAGUACUUGAAGAUGUUAUCAGUUCCUGUGUCAGUAAAGGAUAUGUCUUUCAAAUGGAGAUGAUUGUCCGGGCUUGUAGGAAGGGCUACCACGUUGAAGAGGUUCCAAUUACCUUUGUUGAUAGAGUAUUUGGAAGUUCAAAGCUUGGAGGAUCUGAAAUUGUUGAAUAUCUGAAAGGGCUUGCAUAUCUUCUGGUCACAACUUGAAGAUGCAUCGGUGAAUAUGGUGCAGUGUUUGGGUCGGAGAUCCGGGUUCUACCCUAAUUUAUAAAUUAGGUCUUACCCUUAUUUUCUUAAUCUUGGUUUUUUGGUUUAGUAAACUGUGACUCCGAAACCUAUGUUAUCAUCUGGGGGGUUCUUCCUCCCGCUCUCUGACCUUUCGAGCAUGGAAAGUAUAUGUUACAACACAUUGACGAGUCGUAAAUUG